AUGUACUACUCGUCUGCUUCAUCCUCCCGAAACGCAGCAGUAGCCAUCCUCGCAUCUCGCUGCGCCGCUGCGUCCGCAUCCCACGCCCUCAAGCUCGCCUGCCUCCUGGCCGUGCCGUGUGCCGCUCUGUCGCACUACAUUGGCCGGCCGUGGCGCUGGUUCUCCCUCCACCCACUGCUCAUGACGAUGGCUUUCAUUGCGGCGGCCGGCAGCGGCAUCACCGUCAAGCGCAUGGGCGGCCGAACCAACACGCUGAUGCACGGCUACGCGAUGCUCAGCGCGUUCGCGCUUGCUCUGGCCGGCUGGUACGUCAUCUACCAGCAAAAGGCGAAGGCCACGGCCGAGCCCCUGCCGCUGCCUGGCUCCCGUGUGAUGCCGUUGUCUUUGGCCGCGUGUCAGGUGAUGCUCGGUAAGCCGCACAACACGUCGUGGCACUCGCUGCAAGGGCUGCUCGCGAUCGGCGGGUAUGCGCUCGGAGCGGCGGCGGGCCUGUUUGCACUGCAUCCCGACUUCGGUCAAUACCGCUCGGGCAAAGGGGUCCGGCUGGCGCACAAGCUGGCCUCGCGUGCCGCCUCGCUGGCCGCGCUGAUAGCCAUCGGCACUGGCUACUUCAAACUCGCCGACGCCUACUCGACCCCUCUUCUCGCCGCCGCCCUCGUGGCCUUCGCCGUGUCUUGCGCAUUCUUCGAAGCGCCGACGAAGAGGCCCCAGCCGGCGCCUCGGCUGCCCGAGACGACCCCGUUGCAAGCGAUAGGCUCAGAGUAG